UCCUUCUCCUCUCUUUAUUCCAUCAUAAAGAAAAAUCUUUUGCCUUUGUUUUUUUUGUUUGUGCCUUUUUUCUUCACCUUUGGGGUCUCCUUGAGGAGAGGGGAAGAAGAAGAAGAAGAAGGUGGACCCCACCAGGCGCACAAGCAAACACGAAACACAUUCACACCAAUUUCAAACCCAUCUUCAUCUUUAUUUUCCUUGAUCCUUCCUCAUCAUAAGGGUUUAUCACUUUUGUGUUAAUUACUUCAAAUUAUUUUUCUUUCUCGAUUUUUUCUUCAGCCCCCAAAAACGCUUCCACGUUUCUUUCUUCUAAUUUGACUUUCAAAUCGUCUGCGUGCGUGCGCUUCCACUUUCUUCUCCUUUCAAUCCUUCAAUCAAUCCUUGCAAAUGUCAAUCAUCUUCACUCUUCGCCUUCCAACUCGUUUUUGAAUCGUUCCACUUUUUCCUGCCAGCUUCUUUCCCUUAACACGCACCCAAAAAAGCGAGUUUUUUUUUAUCUUCUUUCUACAGAAAAGAGCCAUAUUGUUGUAAUUACAUACCUGUUGAUUUAUUAGAUCAUCACACACUUGUUUUCUUCAAUUCAGUCUUGAUUCUUCCGCCAUUUGUUAAAAGGAAGGAAAUUUUUUGUUCUUUGUAUGAAGUUGUAGUGAUUCUUUUUUGAGUGAGUGGAUGGGUUGGCUUAGCAGAAUUUUCAAAGGGUCUGAGCAGAAGAUAUCGGAGGGACAUUAUAGUAAAGAGGAUGCUGGUUAUUAUUUGCCAUCGACUUCGGGGGUAACAACAAAUGAUGUUUGGAAUCAGAACGAGAAUGAGGAUAUAGAUCGUGCUAUUGCACUGUCGUUGGUGGAAGAGAGCGAGCGAACACACAAUGUAAAUGACAACAGAUCACAGUUAGAAGAAGAUGAACAACUUGCCAGAGCUUUAGAAGAAAGUCUAAACGUGGAGUCUCCUCCCAGAUAUGGAAAUGAAAAUGCGUAUCAACCAAUUCAGUAUUUCCCCAUGGGGUCCAGGAUUUGUGCUGGCUGCUAUACUGAGAUUGGUUAUGGGCGAUAUCUUAAUUGCUUGAACGCAUUCUGGCAUCCUGAAUGCUUCCGCUGCCGAGCUUGCAACCUACCAAUCUCUGAUUAUGAGUUCUCCACAUCUGGGAAUUACCCUUACCAUAAAUCAUGUUAUAAGGAAAGCUACCACCCGAAAUGUGAUGUCUGCAAGCACUUUAUUCCAACAAAUCCUGCUGGUCUUAUUGAAUAUAGGGCACAUCCAUUCUGGGUCCAGAAAUAUUGCCCUUCUCAUGAACAUGACUGUACUCCACGAUGUUGCAGUUGUGAGCGAAUGGAGUCGCAAGAGGCAGGAUAUAUUGCGCUUAAGGAUGGCCGGAAGCUCUGUUUAGAGUGUCUGGAUUCUGCUAUCAUGGAUACAAAUGAAUGCCAACCCCUUUAUGCUGAUAUACGAAGAUUUUAUGAAAGCCUAAAUAUGAAACUGGAUCAGCAAAUUCCACUACUAUUGGUUGAAAGACAAGCACUGAAUGAAGCAAGAGAGGGAGAUAAGAAUGGACAUUAUCACAUGCCGGAAACCAGAGGGCUCUGCCUCUCAGAGGAGCUCAGCACUUUCUCAAGACGACCUAGAUUUGGGACAGGAAAUGGAGCAAUGGACAUAAGAGCACAGCCAUACAGGAUGGCUCCACAUUGUGAUGUGACAGCUAUUCUCAUUUUAUAUGGUCUUCCAAGAUUGCUCACUGGAUCGAUCCUAGCCCAUGAGAUGAUGCAUGCCUGGCUUCGACUUAAAGGUUAUCGGACUCUAAGUCAAGAUGUUGAAGAAGGUAUCUGUCAGGUUUUGGCUCAUAUGUGGUUGGAGUCUGAACUAAGCUCUGCAUCAGGCAGCAACUUUGUAUCAGCUUCAUCCUCAUCUGCAUCACACACAUCUAAAAAGGGUAAAAGACCUCAGUUUGAGAGGAAGCUUGGGGAGUUCUUCAAACACCAGAUUGAAUCAGACAUUUCCCCUGUUUAUGGAGAUGGGUUUAGGGCAGGUCAAAAAGCAGUGCGUAAAUAUGGUCUACAAAGGACCCUUCACCACAUCAAGAUGACGGGGACUUUUCCAUAUUAAGUACACAGAGAUACUCCAUUAACAUAUUGUUUUUUCAUUCUUUCUUCAUAUAAAGCCUGGCCUGUUAUUAGAAACCAAGGUCAAGGUCUGCUUUAGGCAUUAGCUUCAACGAGUUGAUGAUUUUUUGUACUUGUAAUUAUUGAUGCUGUUGCGGUAUAUUCAUUACAUUCACAUUUUUUUCUAAUUUAUCACACUGCUACUUUUUGG